GAGUCUUUAAUCCUACGCUGGACGCGGAUGUGAGAUCUUUCAUGAAAUCGCUCAAUUUGCAAAGUGCGAGUGCGAGUGCGAGUGCGGCUGCGAGUGCACCUGCCAGCACUGCAGCAUCGCGGGUAGCGUCGGAUGACAAGGCGGCAAAGAAGCAUGCCAAGGCACAGAAGAGGGCCGAGGAAGAAGCGCAAGCCAAUCAAAGAGUCAAGCUCAAGCUCGAUGUCGAAAGCACUGCGGUCAAGUCGACGAGCGAGCAGGUCAAAGCGGAUCCUGUCGUGGUCAAGCAGGACUGGAAGGCGGAGCGGGAGGCGAAAAAGUUGCAAGAGAAGCGGGACAAGGCUGCAGCCGCUGCUGUUCGAGCGCAAUCAAAGUCGGACAAAGCAGCAGAGGCCAAACAAUCGCUCCUCGCAUCCUCAUCCACGCAGCUCAACGGUAUCGCACCCAGAAACGAUUCGCGCCUGGUCUUUGCUCCUCAACCUCACUGGGCCGAAGCUUCUAUGCCACAACUGCCACCUGCCACGAUUCAGCUCGACAUCGACGAUUCACGCAUCCUUUCUCUACAGAGCAGGGCCAAACAAUUGUUGGAUGGUGAUAAUAGCACGUACAGGCAUCUGCUCAACGGCGGUCAUAUUCCAGCUGGAGGUUUGGGAUCCAUCUCCAAUUCCGAUGCCAAGUUCAUCUCUUCCUUGUUGGGCGGAGGAGGAGGAGGAGGAUCGGGCAGCGCAUCGUCUGGCGGAACGCUGUCCGAUCGUAUUGCAGCUCUGACCUUGUUGAUACAAAGCAGUCCGCUGCACAAUGUGCACUCCAUGGAGGCGCUGUUGGGCAUGGCUGGGAAAAAGAAUAGGGAAGAGAGCAGAAGAGCGACCAGGGCAUUGGCGGAUUGGUUCGCUUCGCCUACCGGUCUUUGCACUCGAAAAUUGCGCUACUUUCGAGAUCAACCGGGUCUCGCUGCUAUUUUGAGCGACGGCGGCGCGAACAUCGCUCGAACAGCUCAGGAUCAGCACCUGAUUCACUACGCCUUCGAAGACAAGCUGAAAAAGAUUUACUUCGAUUUCUUGCAAUUGCUCCAAACUCAAUCUCACGAUACCUUGCCAUUCGUUCGCAAACAAGCCGUGACACAAAUCUACGUGUUGUUGAGGGACAAGGCGGAGCAAGAACAAAACUUGUUGAGGCUUUUGAGCAACAAGUUGGGAGAUGGAGAUAGGAGCGUGGCUAGUCAGUCCAGCAAGCAUUUGCAGGAACUCUUGACGGUGCAUCCUAAUAUGAAAGCCAUUGUGGUUAGGGAAGUCAUCGACAUCAUACUCAAACCUGCUCCCAAGACCAUCGUCUCUGCCGAAGACAAGUCGAGAGGAAGAGGAGACGCGACACAGAUUGAUGGGACUGCGUCUGCUGCUGCUGCUGCCGCCUUCAAUGUGCAUGCUAGGUAUUACGGAAUCUUGACGCUCAACCAGACGCUGCUUACGCAGCAGGACGAAGAGGUGGCUAGCACGCUUGUCAAUCUCUACUUUGAGCUCUUUGAGAGCUUGUUGCACUACGGCGCUGCGGUGGAGCAAAGCAAAGCGGAUGAAGAGCAGCAAGGCGAGGAGGAAAAGAGCGGCAGCAGCAAGGACCAAAGGAAGGUGAAGAAGCAGAGGUGGAGAGAUGAAGGGGGAAGAGGUAAGGGUAGACGAGGAAAGGGCAAAAAGGGAGGAGGGCAAGGGAAGAAUGAUACGAUGCAGUUCAAGACUGUCAAGGAUGCGGAUGUCAAGAUGGUCACUGCUGUGCUCACCGGCGUCAGGCGAGCUCUGCCUUUCUCCACAUUAGGAGCAGAAGCCUUCGAUAAGCACAUGUCGACCUUGUUCCGCAUCACUCAUUCGGGCACCUUCAACGUCUCCAUCCAAGCUCUUCAGCUCAUCUAUCAAUUGUCCAUCGGUUCUUCCUCCUCUUCUCCGAUCCAAACGCAGUCCGGGUCGAGCAAGCAAGACCGAGGGGUAGGGCAGGGCGCCCCCGCCCCGAACUCCGACUCCGCUUUCCCGUCGAUGUCCAACAUCGCGGAUCGGUAUUAUACGGUGCUAUACAGCUCCAUGUUGGAUGCGAGACUGUCGAGGACGAACAAGCAGGCAAUGUAUCUCAAUUUGGUCUUCAAAAGCCUCAAGGCGGACGAGGAUGAUAAGAGGUGCAAAGCGAUGGUCAAGAGGUUGUUGCAAGUCACCUUGUCCGCCGAAGCUCCUUGGAUAUGCGGAACUUUGUUCUUGCUCGCAGAGCUCUUGACUGCUAGACCCGGCUUGAGAGCUCUGCUCACGGAGCCUGAAGACGAUGAGGAAGAGCACUUUGUGGAUGUGCCGGAUGAAGAUGAAGAGGCUCUCACCGUCUCUCAGUCUGGCCAAAAGGACACACUCACGACGACGACAACGACGACAAAGUCGCAAAGGAACUUGUACGACCCUUCCAAGCCUCAUCCUCAAUUUGCGGGCGCAGAGUCUACGUGCCUCUGGGAAAUCGUACCGCUGCUUCAUCAUCAUCAUCCUUCCGUCUCCUUCAACGCGCACCGAUUCCUCUCUUUCGAAGGUAUGCUCAAGACGACGGGCGAUCUUACGCUCAACACCCUCUCUCACUUUCUGGACCGUUUCGUCUAUCGCAACCCGAAGAAAGCGCUAUCAUCGAGCAAAGGACCUAGCGCCAUGCAGCCUGCUGCUGCUGCUGUGGGCACUGGAGGUAGCGGCACGCAAGCUAGCGUGGUGCGCAUCAGGGGAAAGGGAAUGGAGAGGGAUCAGGUGCUGAAUGAGGAGAGCUUUUGGAAGGGAACGAGGGAAGAAGAGAUCGAUCCGGAUCAAUUGUUCUUCCAUCGAUUUUUCAAUCUGAAAGAGGAGAGGCAAGGGAUUGUGAACAAAGGGAAGAAGAAAAGGGCGCAGGAGGAGGAGGAGGAGGAGGAGGAAGAGGAGGGGGAGGGAGCAGAUGGGUCGGAGGAUGGGCUUGUUUUGGAAGGUGAAGAGUCGGAUGAGGAUGUGGAGGAGGAAGGAGAUGCGCAGCGGGCGGACGGAGUGAUGGAUUCCUCGGACGAGGAUGAUAGUCAAUCGGAAGGGGAAAAGGAGAUUUGGGAAGCCAUGAAGCGCACCAUGCCUCGCGAAGAAGGAGAUGAGGAUCUGAUGCAGGAUUCGCAAGAUGAUGAUGAGGAUCUGGAUCAGUAUGAUUACGUGGAUAGCGGCGAGGAGGAGGAGGGAGAGGAGGAGAAAGGAUGGGUUGCUGGGAAGGAGGAUGAGGACGACGAUGAGGAUGAAGACUUGUCGGGCUUGGAAGAGGAUGAGGAGAAUGUGACUUUGGGCGGCGAAUCGGACGACGAUGCGUUGCUCUUUGAAGAGGAUGAAGAUGAUCUGCUACCUUUUCACAACUUUGACUCGGAGCAAUCCAUCAAGAAUGGAAGGAAGAGGUCCGCAGAUGAUGCAUCUCCGAAUGAAGAAGAAGAUGGAGAAGGAGAAGAGGCAGCAGCAGCAGCGGGGCAAGAGAAGGGCAGGAAGAGCAAAUCUCAACUUCAAAGAGCGGAGAGGAAGCGAAGAAAAGCGCAGCACGCUGCUAUGGGCGAUUUCGCCAGUGCGGAGGAUUAUGCUCAUCUGCUCGGAGAUGAUCAGGACGAGGAUGAGGAUCAGGGUCUCUAAGAAAACGGCCCCAGAGGCAAAGCCCCCUCUGUUCAAGUGUGACUAAAGUUGGAGAACUUUUUCAUCUUUCGACUAAGCUCCCCCCCUCCUCCUCGUAUCCUGCUUGUCUGCGAAGCUCUACCUUUCCCCCACCCCCUUCUGUACAUGAUCCACAGCGCGACUACGCUGAUUCAUCGUCCCCUCCGAUCCCU